UCAAAAUAAGAAUCGUUUGGCGUUUAGCAUUUGAUAUGAUCCUUGGUCUCUAUCUUCUCAGUAUGACAGUAUGGACCCGUUCCGCAACAUUUUCUAUCUCUACUUAUUUUGACGAUGUGGAUUGGGAGAAAGGUCGGAUGUCCAAACUGCUUGGGAGGUUUGAAGGUGAAUAUUAAUUAAGAUGUUUAGGGGUUCAAGUUAGUGGGCAACAAAGUUGGAAAGGAGUAAUUAAUAAAUAUAGGACGAGUACGAAUUUGUUUUCGGGGUGGAUUGUGUGAAAUUCAUACACGACUCAUAUCUAGUUAUUUUAUAAUUAGAUUAUCGAAACUCGACAAAAACACAAUAAACUCAAAUUUUAUCCGAAUUAACCGGUUCGAGUAACCAAUCUCUUAAUUAGUUUUGCCAACUCUACUUCGGCAGUUCGGCCCCUUGUCUUACCCCAUAAAAUUUAAUCCCUAUGUGUCAAAACUCAAACGGAGGUGCUGCUGAGUGCUCACUUGCAAGUUGCGAUCUUAUUUACCCAAACCCUUCAGGCUUUGACCUUAUCAACCAAUCACUGUAAAAAAGAAAAGUUGCUCGCUGUAAUCUUUCCUCGUACCCCUCUCACAAAAUCCACUUGUUAAAAACCCAGACUGUACACGUGCCACAAUGACGACGUGGCAGGGAAACCGUCCUUCCACGUGCUCAAUAUACCCAGUCCCCGCACCGAGAAAGUCUGGCAGCUCCAAGCAACCGCCACCACCCCACAACCCUCCCGUUUUACAAUCAGGCUUAAAUCUCUCCCAAAAUUCCUCCCUGUAUUCCUUUUUCUUUCAGUUGUUCAAACUUGCAAGAAACCCAAUCUCAAGACCCAUCAAUUUCUUCCGUAUUGCCAAGAAUCCAAGCAAAGCAAAAGAGAAAAAGAGGAAGGAGCCCCCAAAGCAAUAACCCACCAAAGUUUGAAGCUUUCUGCCCACUACAACUCUUCCCUUGUAUCGGUCAAGCUUCCAAGUUCCAAUCUUUAUCUGCUCUGCUAUAAUUGGGAAAGCUUGAAGGAGAGAGAGAGAAGGAAGUCCUCAGAAAUUGGAGGAUCAAGAGGGAGAUCAGAGAUCAGAGAUGGGUAGUUUGACUGUGUCUCCAUGGCUUCCUUCACAGCUCAAGCCCGCUGUGUUUGAGCAGAAGGAUAUGUCUCUUUUCCCCUCUAGGAGGAAACUCAAGAGCAGCACGAAUAACAAGAGAUUCUCUGUUUCCAGCCCUGUGGCUAGGCUGUUUGGGCCAUCAAUUUUUGAAGCAUCAAAGCUGAAGGUGUUGUUUUUAGGGGUUGAUGAGAAGAAGCAUCCUGGCAAGUUGCCCAGGACUUACACUCUCACCCACAGUGAUAUCACCUCCAAGCUCACUUUGGCCAUCUCUCAGUCCAUAAACAACUCCCAGCUUCAGGGAUGGGCCAACAAGCUGUACAGAGAUGAAGUGGUGGCCGAGUGGAAGAAGGUGAAAGGGAAGAUGUCACUCCAUGUUCACUGCCACAUCAGUGGUGGCCAUUUCUUACUUGAUCUCUUUGCUAGGCUCAGAUAUUUCAUCUUCUGCAAAGAACUCCCCGUGGUGCUCAAGGCCUUUGUUCAUGGAGAUGGGAAUCUGUUGAACCACCACCCGGAAUUACAGGAGGCGUUGGUGUGGGUUUACUUCCACUCCACAAUUCCAGAAUUCAACAAGGUGGAGUGCUGGGGCCCGCUCAUGGAUGCUGCAGCACCUUCUUCAAAGAAGGGUGGUGGGACUAAGGUAGGCCCGGAGGUGGAUGGAGAAGAGAAGGGAAAGUCAUCAAGCAAUUGGGGGUUGCCAGAGCCGUGCCAAGAAGACUGCAGCUGUUGUUUUCCACCCAUCAGCAUGAUCCCAUGGUCUAAAAACUUUCCCUUUGCUUCUCAAACUCAACGACCUGGCGAUUCCAAGACAGCGACCCAGGAGGGAUUGCAUCAGCCCCCCGUCUAGCAGCAACCUUUUAGAGAAAAUCUUUGUUUUCCAUGGUGAAACUCCAAUGCAUUUGAUUCGUCUGUGUGUCACACUUGUAAAUAGGGAAACUCGCGUGCGAAUCAGAAUCUGUCGACCCAACCCGACCCUCCGUAAUAUUGUAGCGGAAAGUGUGGGGGAUGUUGAUCAAUCUUUUCACCCAGUAGCUGGGUUUUUUCUUUUGGGUUUCAUGACUCCAUGUUGGAGUGCAAGGCAACAAGAAGUUCUACUGUGUGUCCCAAUUGAUAGGAUACUAUAAUAUAAUGGACUCUCUCAA